AUUAACAACACCUGAGUCAGCUGGAGCCCAAACAGUUCAAGUGUAUAAAAGCAGCAGAAGGGGUUCUAUGUAUAAUGAGUGUUGCUGUUCCUGCUUUUUAAAAGUUGCUUGUACAAGGUUGAGGGGCUGGUUUAAAAAUGGCAAAGAAAGUGUUGAUCGUGUACGCUCACCAGAGCUCUGGAUCCUUCAAUGCUGCAGCCAAAAAUGCUGCUGUGGAGGUUCUGACUGCUCAGGGCUGCACAGUGGACGUGUCUGACCUGUAUGCCAUGGGCUUUAAAGCCACUGCUACAGCUGAGGACAUCAAAGGAGAAGUGAAGAAUGCUGAGAACUUCUGUUAUCUGGAGGAGAGCAAACUAGCAUGGGAGCAGGGAAAACUGUCAGCUGACAUCAUGGAGGAGCAAUCUAAGCUGACUGAGGCAGACCUCAUCAUCUUUCAGGUACUGCUGGACAUCAGUGACUUAUUCUUAAGUGCUCCAUGUUGUACUAACAGUAGUCUCCCUCUGCAGUUCCCCAUGUACUGGUUCAGUGUUCCUGCCAUCCUGAAGGGCUGGAUUGACCGGGUGCUCACCAAUGGCUUUGCCUUUUCUCAAGAGAAGCGCUACAGCCAGGGAAUCUUCAAGGACAAGAAGGCCAUGCUGUCCUUCACCACUGGGUCUCUAGAAUCCAUGUUCAGCCCAACUGGUAUUAAUGGAGACAUGAAUGUUACACUGUGGCCACUACAGAACGGCAUCCUGCACUACUGUGGCUUCCAGGUUCUGGCCCCUCAGAUCUUCUGGGCUCCUUCUUCUGCUCUGGCUGAAGAUCGCAAGAGCAUGCUGGAGAGCUGGCGCACACGACUGCAAGGCCUGCUGGAGGAAAAGCCCCUGUCCUUCAUUUCCUUGGACUGCUUUGACGAUAAGGCUUUCCAGUUGAAGCCUGAGGUCCACGAGAAACAUGCCAGCAAGGAGUUUGGGCUGACGGUGGGCAUCCACCUGAACAAGCCGCUGCCCCCUCACAGCCAGAUGAAGGCUGGAUGUUAACAUGCUGCUCUUACCUUGUAUGAUCAAUAAAAUGUUAAGACUUA